GCGGAGCGCAGCGGGCGCAGCGCGGCCUGGCCAUGGGCGCUGAGGCGGGCGGCCCGCGGGGCACCGCGCCGGGCCAGCAGCUCCGCGCCCUCUUCUACGCGCUGGCGCCCGGAGAGAGCUCCUUCCGCACGGUGGAGGAGGUGCCCGACUACGUAGAGAAGAGUAUUCCAUUCUUCAUUACUUUUAUUGGGCUGGAGUUUGCUGUCAGCUGGAUUCAGAAGCGUAAGCUGCCAGGUCGGAUCAAUGAUGGGAUAAGUUCUCUUUCCUUGGGUAUCCUGUCCCGACUACCAGAUGUUUUAUUCAGAAGUGUUGAGUUAAUUAGUUACAUAUACGUAUGGAAUAACUACAGACUCUUUGAACUGCCCUGGGACUCGCCAUGGACAUGGUAUUUGACGCUUCUGGGAGUGGACUUUGCAUACUACUGCUUUCAUCGCAUGAGCCAUGAGGUUAAUAUCCUGUGGGCUGCACACCAAGUACACCAUAGUUCAGAAGAUUACAACUUAUUCACAGCCUUGAGACAAUCUGUACUGCAGAAAUAUACCUCCUGGAUGUUCAACUUGCCCAUGGCUCUUUUCAUUCCCCCUUCGGUGUUUGCUGUUCAUUUACAGUUUAAUCUGCUUUACCAGUUUUGGAUACAUACAGAGGUUAUCACCAAACUUGGGCCUCUGGAAUGGAUACUUAAUACUCCCAGUCAUCAUAGAGUUCAUCAUGGUAGAAAUCCUUACUGCAUUGACAAAAAUUAUGGUGGCACGCUCAUUAUCUGGGACAGGAUAUUUGGAACAUUUGAGGCUGAAGAUGCAAAAGUUGUAUAUGGCUUAACACAUCCAGUAAAUUCAUUUGAUCCCAUCAUGGUCCAGUUACGUCCCUUGGCUCAUAUUUGGAACACGUUUUGGGCCACACCUGGAUUCUGCAAUAAGCUUUCUGUCAUAUUCAAAGGGCCAGGCUGGGGACCAGGCAAACCUAGACUUGGCCUUCCUGAGGAAAUCCCAGUGAUCACUGGAAAAGAAGUUCCCUUCAAUCCACAUGUACCAGCUUAUCUUAAUUGCUAUGCACUUGUACAUUUUGCUGUAAUAGUGGACUUGUACGUCGAACUUCUUGCUUCUAUGACUAUAUUAUCACAGGGAACAGUUCUCAUGAGAAUUGGCUUUAUCAUUCUGUCCCUGGUAUCUUUUGGACUACUUAUGGAGAACAAGUCCAAAGCAGGAAUUUUGGAAUUCAUACGCUGUUUAGUCUUCAUAGGUGUUUACAAAUUUGGCUACUUUAGGAGUCAUUUUUCCUUCUUGGGCUAUGCAUAUGAGGUCUUGUUUUCUCUCUGUGCUGCAUUCUGGGGAAUCCAAAUUAUGAAGCGGAUCACUUCAUUCAAAGAUAAACACCAAUGAAAGAGCAGAUCUAACAUCACCUUAAAUGUGGAAACAGCACUUCAGGACAACCUUCUAAGUUCCUUGGAAUUAAUCAACCAUGAAUCAUGCUGAAUUGAAAUCAGUUUACUUAUGAUACAAGAGAUUUGUGAUUUUUGUAUGAAGGUUUGAAAGAUUCCUAAGGGAGUAUAUUCAUUUUUAUUUGAUUUUUAAAAUAAAUAUUUAAUUUCUUUCCAAUUUAAAUAAAAUAUUCAUUCACAGCAUAGAUUUUUACAUUCAUAGGAUUACAAAUUCUUCAAAACAUGUAAAACUAAUUUAAUUUUUGCAGUGAUUUUGUUAGUAAUAAUAUGUGAAAAGUAUUUUUCACAAGAGGAAGAAUUAAAAUCAUAUCUGAUGUAACCUGGUAUAAAGUGAUUGACUGUCUUCUUAUUGAGGCUAAACAUUAACAUAUGUGAAUGUCAUUUUUUCUGUAAUGAUUGAAUUGCACUAGAAUCUCUAUGUCAUGCCCAAUUCAGUGUUCAUAACAUACAGCUACAUGAGGAUGAGUAGUUGAGGCAAGAAAAUGAUUAAAAACAGCAUGAUAAAAUAAC